AAUAUCAUGUUCAACCACUGCAGACUGUAGAGGAAGAUCUAAUCAAACUCUCCUUCUUUCAUUUCUGGGUAUCUACUCCUUGCUUGCCUUUGCUCUUGUCAUCCCAGUCCUCUCAUCUACUUUGUAUUUCUCUGGUCGGACAUGAAGAUCACAAAGAAACUUCAGCAGGCGGAGCACGAGGGCAGGGUUUGGUGGUCGUUCGAGUACUUCCCUCCUCGCACCGCUCCAGGUAUGCAAAACCUGCUGGAUCGUAUAGAGCGUAUGAGGGAGCUUGGCCCAGAGUUCAUCGAUAUCACCUGGAACGCUGGUGGCCGCACAUCUGAGCUCACCUCUGAGCUCGUACGAUGCUGCCAGAGGGACCUGGGCAUCGAGACAUGCAUGCAUCUGACAUGCACCAACAUGCCUGCAGCCAAGGUCGAUAUCGCGCUCAAGGAAGCUAAGCAAUGGGGUUGCCGCAACGUUCUUGCUCUGCGCGGGGAUCCUCCGUUCGGUCAAGAGCAAUGGACCAAGACGGAGGAUGGUUUUGAGCAUGGAAUCGACCUCGUCAAGCACAUCCGAGCUGGUUAUGGAGAUUACUUCGAUGUCGCAGUCGCUGGCUUCCCAGAGGCGCACAACCGCCACGAUCGUGAAGAUGAGAUGAAGUUCCUAAAGAACAAGAUCGAUGCUGGUGUCGACUUCAUUUUUACCCAGAUGUUUUGGGAUGUCGAUUUGUUCAUUGACUGGGUGAAGGCCGUCCGUGCGGCCGGUAUCACCUGCCCUAUUGUACCAGGCAUUAUGCCCAUCCAGACAUGGAACGGCUUCCAGAGGGCUACAUCUCUGGCCAAAAUUUCCACUCCUCCCGCCUUGCUCGCUGCUCUGGAGCCAUAUAAGAACGACGACGAGAAGGUUCGAGAGAUUGGCACGCAGAUUGUCGCGGACAUGUGUCGGAAGAUUCUCGCGGCCGACAUUGGCAUUCGCGGCCUGCACUUUUACACCAUGAACUUAGAGCGCGGCACGCGUAUGCUUCUCGAGGCGCUUAACUUUGUUCCCCACAUCGAGGUUGUUCGCCCGCUGCCUUGGCGGCAAGCGCUCACACCUACGAGGAGAGGGGAGAAUAUCCGCCCCAUUUUCUGGGCAAACCGUGUCAAGUCUUACAUCCACCGCACAGAGAACUGGGAUGAAUACCCCAACGGACGAUUUGGUGACUCUCGUAGUCCUGCGUAUGGUGAAUUGGAUGGAUACGGUAUCUGGAUUAAGCAGACUCCCGAAGAAGGUCGCCAGAUCUGGGGUGCGCCACAGACGUUCAAUGACAUCACCGAGCUUUUCUCCAAGUUCUGCCUUGGCCAACUCAAGGCACUUCCCUGGUCUGACACCGCCCCGGCGAGCGAGACGACUAUCAUCUCUACGGAACUCGCCAAGCUGAACGACCAUGGCUAUCUGACGAUCAACAGUCAGCCCGCGGUGAACGGGGCCAAGUCGACCGAUCCAGUUCACGGCUGGGGCCCGCGCAACGGCUACGUGUACCAGAAAGCGUACCUCGAGUUCUUCUGCGAUAAAACGAAGUUUGAGGAGCUUGUCUCUCGCAUUGAACGCGACCCCAUGAUUACCUACUAUGCGAUCGACAAACAUGGGAACCUGCGCACCAAUAAUCACAGCGACGGGCCCAACGCGGUCACCUGGGGUGUCUUCGCUGGCAAGGAGAUCAUCCAACCUACCAUCGUCGAAGCAGUGUCAUUCCUCGCCUGGAAGGACGAAGCCUUCGAGCUCGGCAUGCAAUGGGCCAGCAUAUACGAGCCUGGAUCAGUCUCGCGCAAGCUUAUCGAGAGCAUGAUGGAGACGUUCUACCUCGUCAAUAUCGUGCACAACGACUUCCAGAACCCACAGGCGAUCUUCGGCUCCUUCGGUACAGAGACGAAGAAGGUUGUCGGGGCAGUGAACGGCAACGGCCUCUCGCACGCCAUACUCAACUAAUUGCGUUGUGACUAACCCUAAGUCAAGCUCUGCCUGCGUUAACGGCUGGACCAGCUCUCACCCUUCAAUCUCGGAUUUUCCACUCUCAAUCAUGCAUUGUUCUAUAUCUGCAAUCGGGCUUCAACAGUCCUGUAUUUCUGUCAUUCCCUCUAGAUUCGGUCUCACAAGAUUCCAUACGAUACUCCUUCCGCCCGCCCGUCCACGUCACGAUCUUUCGCCCCCGGCAACAUUCCCGAUCCUUCU